UACGAGGUCCGUGAAUUUCUUUCCUUUGAUACUUUGCCGUUCGUUGCGUUUAUCCGGAGCACCGUUUGGUCUCGUUGUGUCUUACUCUUCGCACGUAAGUAACGAUGACGAGCCACAUUCAAGAUGUGAAGCCGUUGCCCCACCACGCUAGAAAAUCGGUCUGCGGUAGCCGAGCGUCGUACCGCCAAGGUAGAAAAGCAACCGCCGUCAAAGUUUACACGAUCAACCAGGAAUCGCGCUACUUGCUCAUCAGCAACGUGAACGCCGUCGGAGCCGCCGAAGACCUCAAAGACGCCUGCCUCGAGUACGGCGACAUCGCCGACUACCACGCCGUGGACGGCUACGAGACGGAGCAGUUCACGGAAUCCUACCUCGUCAAGUACGUCCGAAUCCAGUCGGCGCGGAUCGCCAAGAAAAAGCUGGACGAGAGAUCGUUUUUCGGUGCCGUGCUGCACGUCUUCUACGCCCCCGAGUUUGAAACCGUCCAGGAAACGCGCGGAAAAUUAGAGGACCGCCGCCGGUACGUCGCUUUCAAGACGGGCCAGUCCUUCAAACCUCGCGGCGGGGGUGCUCGAGAUUGCAAGAGACGUCGCGACGACCACGCCGACCGGCGAAUUUCAGCACACGAUGUUCAGACUACCGAAACGCCAGCCGUUUCGUCGUACAUUUGGGCCGGCCAAGAGUAUCCCUUGGUGCCUUCGGGCCACACGACGUCGUACAGCGACUGUUGGCAGGCGACGGCGCCGUUGAACGCUCUCUACAACGACCAGCCGCUCUGUUUCAACCAGCCUCCCAGGCCGACCCAGGAAGCGGCCGCCGAGGAACCCGUGACGGAGGAGGCGGGGCCAAAGAAGCAGACUUCACACGAACUCGCCACCGACGCCUACGAGAGGACAAUCUCGCUUAUACGAGACAGGGUGAAAGGGGUGUCGGUGCCCAAUACGGACGUGCUGUUGAGGAAGCGAAAGUUGUAGUUGAAUAAACCCAAUUGCUUGGUUUU